UAAUUAUUAUAAAAUAGAUUUUAAAUUUAAAAAUUCCAAACAAGUGUCUUACGAUACCACAGUGCCUUCACCAACAAACGACAAAACGAAACAAAAGUGCUAACAAAGGGAAAAUUGUGUAAUUUAUUGUGGAAGCCAAAUCGAAAUGGAGCUCCUUUAGACCAACAAAACACAUUUCGACCACGAUCGAGUAUUAAAUUGAAUCCAAAUUGUAAACGCAAUCGCCCAACGGCCCGGAAAUGCCAUUGAAGUUCUUGAAAAAGUGUCGCCAAUACAAUGUGACGUCGAAAAGUCUAUUUGUUAUAUCUGUGCAUCAUUUAUUAGACACCUCGAGCACUGUUGACUGCACCAUCAGCUCGGAGAGCAAGGGGCAAGAGUGUUUGGAUAAUGUUUGUCAACGUUUACUUAUCCAACAACCCGAAUUCUUUGGCCUGCGCUAUGUGGUCAAAGGGGGCAAAGAUGAUGAAUUCAAAUGGAUCGAUUUGGAACGCUCUCUGAGCCGUCAGUUGGAGAAAUAUGCUCAGGCGCCAAAGAUCUAUCUGAGGGUCCGUCAUUAUGUGACCACGGGUGUGAGGCAUCUGACCGACGAAGCGACAAGAUUCUAUUAUUUCCUCCAACUGAAGAGUGACAUCUAUGAGGGACGCAUCGCCUGCGAUAUACGCAGAGCCAUCCUGUUGGCUCUUUAUUGCCGGCAAGCGGAAUACGAUAGCUACAACAACCAUCAUCAGGGGGAUAAGCAGAGUAAGGAUUAUCUGAAGAAAUCGCUGAUAUUGCCACGCAAUAUGCAGGGAUUGGCCAACGAUGAUAGCAUGCUGGAUGGCCUGAUAAUGGAGGUGCUGCAGCAGCAAACAAAUCUCGAUCAUUUGAGCCAGAGUCAGGCGGAGGAGAUGUAUAUACAGUGUUGCCAGCAACUGGAUGGCUAUGGCGAGGAACGUUUCCAGGCCAAAGACACACUGGGCAAUGAUCUGCUCCUCGGAUUGGCCAUCAAUGGCAUGGUGGUGAAUGCGGACAAUGGGCGGCAGUAUUUCCCAUGGAAGGAUUUCCAUACGGUCACCAUUGACAAGCGUACGAUUAAGAUCGAGCAGAACAAAUUGGAUGGCGAGGGCAGUAUUGUGGGUAGCUUCAUCUUCUCGGAGGCGGAUAUGGCUAGAUAUUUUUGGAAAUUAUGUAUAAGUCAGCAUAAGUUUUUCAAGCGUUUCAUUGACACGGCCACGCCCUCGAGCAUGGGCAGUGGGGCGGAUAUGGAGGGAAAUAAUCAAGUUGCCAUUAAUAAUGAGAAUGUUGUGGGUUAUGUCGAUUAUGUGGACUACAAUGAAAGGGAAAGGGAACGAGAUCAACUGCAGCAGCAGCAGCAACAACAGCAGCAGCAACAGCAACAACAACAACAAUUCCAGCAGCAACAACAACAACUGCAACAGCAAUUAAUCUCUUCGAACAUCUCGUUGGCCACUAGUCAAACGCAUUCCCAGCUCUUGGGUCAAAGUAGCUCUUGCCUGGAUCUGAGUAAUAACAAUCUACACUCAUCGAAUGGUCUGUUGCAUCAUAACAACAACAACAACAACAAUACGGAAGAAAGGGAACGCCUCAAGGCCAUGUUGCCUACGUAUAGACCCGCCCCGGACUAUGAGACCGCAGUCCAACUGAAAUAUCGUACACCCUCCGCCGAGUUGCAUAACAUGACCAUGGCCAUGGCCGGGACACCCGGACAUGCUGCCUACUAUGCCGGCUCGCAGCCCGAUGUCCAUAAUCCGAAUGUCUACAAUGAGAACCUCUUUUUGGGUCACCUAACAGCACAUCGUUAUCCGGAUGUAGCUCAACCGGCAGCUGCCUUGCAUCACCAUCAUCAUCAUAUCAAUCUGUAUCAUCAGCAACCGCAACAACAACCCCAGCAGCAGCAGCAGCAACAACAACAGCAACCCUCAAUGGCCAAUCCUCAAGCCUACUUGGAGUUAUCCCAUCGCAUGCAUAUGAUGCGAAACAAAGCGCCUCCACCCUAUCCGGUCAAUCGUUUGAGUUCCUCAUCCACACCCGAUCUGGCUGUGGCCACGCCGCGACCCCUGCACGGCCAUCGCAACUAUGUGAGUGGCUCCUCCCCGGAUCUUGUAUCGAAUCGCACCCUCUUGAAUGGUGGACAAUAUAUGGCUACCCAUUUGGCAGCCGGCAACGGAGGAGCCGUUGGCUUGGCCCAUGGCGGCAAUGUGCCCACCUCAUCGGGAGCCACAAUGCUGCAUCAAUAUCCGUAUAUUGGUCAUGUGGGUCUAUCGCAACCAUAUUUACCACUCCAUGGCACAUUCGAGAACCUCAAUAUGAUUGAGGAGCAGCCAUCGAUAAUGUCGCAAUUGCGUCAGUCGGCCAUGAGUCAGGCGGCAGCAGCAGCCGCUGCCCAAGCAGCUCAGAGUAGUCCAACAUUGCCGCCCAGUGGCUAUCGAAGUUCAGCCCCGCCACCAGCAAGCAGUCCUCAACCACCGGCAAUAGCGUCGCCGCCGCCGCCACCACCACCAAAUCAUCCGCCACCGUCCACUACACCCACUCCGCUGCAACGCAGCGCCAUUAAUGGUUCGAUUGAGCCCAUCUACGAGAAUGUGCCACUGCCACAACGGGCAGCCUCCGGUGGCAGCAAUGGCACUGCCGCCGCCGCCCAUGCCGAGGCCAUGCGUCAACGUGCCUCGUCCAUACAGUCGGCACCGCCGGGAGUUGUCCCAGUGCCCGCUGCUCGUCACAACAAUGUGGUUACCCUAACCAUCAACUCUCAAACACCACCAGAUGACGAGAUCACGCGUAACAUCAAGAAGUAUGGAGCCGAUCGGGCGGCCAGUACGGAAUUGCAAUUCCUAGAACCCCAGCAGCAGGCUCCCAUGCGUUCCACACGAGCUGCUAGUGCGGCGCCAGCCAUAGGAGCCACGCCUCCACCGCGACAACAUCGCUCGACCGCCAGCCUAAAUAGAACCACUCCCGUGGACGUUAUCUCGCCAGCGGGCGAUACUCUGCAUCAGCAGUUCAGUGCCAUGAAUCUAUCAGCCAAUACAUCUGCAUCCACAUCGUCCAUGUUCAAUUCCACACUGGAUACCACCUCCUCGUCCUCGGCCAGCAAAGAUGGCAAGCGCAAGAAGCGUUGGAACUUCUUGGCUCGUGGCAAAACGCCCGACAAACAGAAAGCAGCCACCUUGGGCCGAGAGAAGGCCAACACAAGCCAACAACAUGCCAAAUUGGCGGCUAAAUUGAAAUUGGCCCAAGAUGAUUUGAAUCUGCCGCAACCGUAUCGUUGGUCCACCGGAGUGAGCAAACCGCAGCCCAUCUCUGGCCAAUACUCCAAGGAUAAGCUGUGUCAAAUACUCAACGAGAAGCUACAGGACUCACAGCUUUUCAUGGAAUUCGAACGCAUUCCGAAACGACGUGAUCAGGCUCAAUAUGAUUGCGCCUUACUGGAGGAGAACGAGCCGAAGAAUCAUGAUCCCAACUUUUUACCCUAUGAUGAUAACCGCGUACGAAUCACACCCACAAUGGACAAUCGUCACGGCUAUGUGAAUGCAUCGUAUAUAUCGGCCACUGUCGGUACCAAGCAACGUUUCUAUAUUGUGGCCCAAUCCCCACAAGAAUCACAAACAAUGCGCAUCUUCUGGCAAUGCGUAUGGGAAGCGGAUGUCUAUUUGGUUGUUCAACUAACUGAAGAUAUGAGCUAUAUACCGCUAAGCAGUCAACAGAGACUAGAGUUUGGUCAGUUCCAAGUGUAUCAGGAAUUCUCACAAACUACCGAUCGUUGCACCACCAGCAAAUUGCGUCUAUAUCAUGCUCCGUCCCGACGUUAUCGUUCUGUUUGGCAUUUGCAAUAUGCCGACUGGGCGGAACAGAAUUGUCCACGUGAUGUCAAUCACUUUCUCGAUUUUCUCGAGGAACUCAAUUCGGUUAGAUUGGCAUCAACGCAUGAAGUGCCACCGGGUCAUAAUACAAAUCCUCCAGUCCUAAUACAUUGCCUUGAAGGUGGCGGACGCUCUGGCGUAACCUUAACUGCGGAUUUAUUGCUCUACACUUUAGAUCAUAAUGAGGAUUUGGAUAUACCACGUGUCAUUGGGCAGCUGCGUCAUCAACGAGAUAGCAUUAUACCAUCAUUAGCGCAAUAUAAAUUCAUAUACAAUCUGCUCAUCACCUAUCUGAAACGUACGAGGUUGAUCUGAGAAGACGAACAACUACCAAUUACUAUGAUGAGCCUGGCCUUUUGUGCCCAAAGUAUUUCAGUUUAAUUAAAUUCUUUCGUUUUUAAGUAUGCAUAAAUAUGAACAAGUUUCUUACUUACUUAAGACUUGCUAUAUAUACAUAUAUAUAAUGUUUUCAACUGUUCUUCCAUUCUGUGGCAGCUCUUUUACCAUAUUUACAUACAUAUAUAUAUCCCAAAUCGAUUAAUUCUUGAUCGACCGACGAAUUGACUUGAUUGUAAUCAUAAGUUUGGAAAUUUUGUUACCAAAACUUAAAGCACUUGAAUUUUAUUGAUUCUAGUGCUCUUAGGUUUAAAGCCAAAUUAUUUAUAUAUAAAUAUACAUAAAUGUUUAUUUUUUUUAUAUACGAACCAAUUGAAAUCCUAACAAAGCAAAAGCAAUAAAAACUUUAUAAAUGUAAA